AUGGACGCGGCCAAGGCCCAACUGGUCGAGAUCGGUGCAAAGGCCGUCGACUUCAAAGCCCGCUUUCGCUUCCGAAACGCAGCUACUACAGCGAGUGCCGCUGCACAGCUUGUGGGUCAGCCUGGCGAGGUCAACGAGAAACUUCGGGCCAUCUCAGAGGAGGCCCAGCAGCUGGAAGACCAGAUGGCCUACACAACGGUCGGCAGUCCUUUUCGCUACCGUGUGCGGCUCUCCCGCCUCGCAGGCGAGGCCGAGCGUGCUGGCCAGCUGAUGGAGACAAGGAUCCAGAAGCUGAAGGAGGCCUUGAGGAUGCUCAAGAAUGCUGGCGGAGAGUUCGUGGAUGACAACUUGGAAGAGCCCGGAGAAGGUGAGGGUGAGGAAGGUGAGCAGUUUGAAGAUGAGUCGACGCCGCUUCUGACAGAAGUCCAAAGUGAUGCUGUCGAAGUGGGUAUGCAUGAGCACGAGAAUCCUUAUCCCGGCCAGGGCCAAGGCCAGUGGCCAGAGCAGGGCCAGUGGCCAGAGCAACAUGCACAACCUGGCCAAGCUGCGAUGUUUGGGCAGCCCGGGCAGAUGCCUUUGUCGAUGUUGGGCAUGGACCACCAGAUGGGCCACCAGAUGGGUGCUCCAGGGAUGGGGGUGCCUGGGUCAGGCAUGGACAUGCAGCCAGGGAUGGCUGGACAUGAGCAUGGACACUGGCACGGGUCCCAUCUGGACCCAGUCGAGCAGGCGGCCGAACAGAUGGCGGUAGGGGAGCGAAUGGAAGAGGCCGAGGAGACGGCUAUGUCCGGCGUAACGGCAACGAAGGAAGACGAAGAGGCCACUGCCAAAGAGAUGGAAGAUACCAUGGAGGACACUACCUGGUCCAUCGAUGUGCUCCCCAUCCCUCAGCCAUCUGACGUAGAACCACAGGAGCCGGCGCCCGACGGCGUUCCACCGCUGCCGGUUGCGGAGACCUCAAGCGGCUGUCAGUGUGAUCCCACGGCCAAGUGUGCUCUUCAAGGCCAGCCCUUCACCUGGUGCCGCGUUGGCAGCGAAGAGGAGCCCACCUGCGCAAAGCUGGAUGUGGCUGAAGACCCCACCGGCCGCGACCAUGCCUUGGGUGUGCAGGGAAGGCAGUGGGACUACUGCGUGCCUCCCGCACCGGUUAAGGAAGGCAACGAAAGUGGUGAGGGUGGUGGCCAGGAGUUCCAGCAAUGGGACGAUAACCAGCAGUAUGGCGGCGGCUACGAUCAAUACGGUGGGCAAGGCGCUGGCUACGAUCCAUUCGGCGCCCCAACUGGCUACUACGCGCAAGGUGCUGGCCACAACCAAUCCGGCCACGGCCAAGCUGGCCACACCCGACCAGGCUCUUUCUAUGCUGGUUACGACCAAGUCGGCUACGACACGCAAGGUGUGACUGGUUACGAUCCUUACACUGGUGCCCAUUUCGAUCAGACAGCAGGUUAUGACCAGCCAUUUGAGGAUGAACACGGUGGUGAGGACGAGGAUGAGGCGCCGGAAGAGGAACUGACUUCUCAUUUGGGCUGCGAGUGCGCCCCACGCCCUGAUGUGCUGGAGAGAUACAUGGACGAUCCCCUCUUCCACAACUUGGAGACCGGCGAAAUCGACAUCGAGAAGAUUCCGUUCAAGGAUCGGAUCGCAGUUGAGGCAAUGCAAAACUACGAGGAGAACGGCGGAGAUCUCUGCCAGCAAACUCCUCACAGUGGUGAGUUCCUGGUGUGUCCAGCGGCCAAGGGUUGCGCUGGCAGCAAUGUUGCUGGCCCAGGUGGAGCGCUGCCCAGUGGCUGGUUUUCAGGAGUCAGCGGCAAGAGCUGGGACUUCUGCGCGCCGGCAGCGAGGCCAGCGUCAGAGGAGCCUGGAGAAGGCGAAGCCUUCGACCAGACAGGCUACGACCAGUACGGCUACGACCAGCAGUAUGGCGGUUACGACCAGCAAGCGAUGCACUACCAGUGCGUUCCCGGAGAUGUGAUCUUCUUUGUGGUACCCAUGCCACCUAUGCACCAAAUGCGAAGAUCAAGUAAGAGCGCCAAAGUGGGCUCUUUUCUGUGA